GUUAGCUUGACGCAGGUUUGAGGCCUUCUGUGUUUUCAACAGAGAGAGAGCCGAGAAGAAAAAUGGCGUCGGUUGGCGACCCAGAGUGGGACACCGGCCAUUCACUUUAAGCUUUCCGCCCCAAAAUUGAGACCGUGGGCUGGUGGGAACUUCUGGGGAACUUUCGCAUGAGCCGUUUGUGUCUCCUUUCCUCGUUUUUCUUCGUUGCGCGUGGCGUCUCGCGGCUCCGAGAUUGAAGCGGAACAGAAGAGGCGCUCUCCAAUAAUGAGGGGCAGAAGAGGAAGGCCGCCCAAACUGGUGGCCGGGAUGCGGGAUGGCUCACCCGGGCCAACCCGCGGCUCCCGGAGUGGAAGGGGCAGAGGGAUGCGGGGACGGGGACGUGCCAGGGGACGGGGUCGUGGUCGGGGCUUAACCGACGGCAGUUGUGUCACCGGCUCCGCCGCCGAGGUGGAGACGGACAUUUCGGGCCGAGAGAACUUUCAUUUGUCCCGGGGCCGCAAGAAAGUUGGAGCCGCCGCCGCCGACUCUGAGGGGAGCGCGGCAUCGCGGGGGAGAGGAGGCAGAGGGAGAGGCAGGGGAUCGAGAGGCGGCCGCGGCAGUAGAGGCGGAGGGAGGCGGCCUCCGACCAAGGUGGUGUACGACGACAACAGCGACGAGGAGGACGACAAUUUAAGCUACCGAUCGGAGGAAGACGAACUCCUGAACGACAACCCUUCGUCCGAUCUUGAAGAAGAAGAAGAAGAAGAAGAAGAAGAGGAGGAGGAGGAGGAGGAGCAGGAGGCCCUGCCAAACGACUUGGACUAUCUGGAGGAACGAGCAGAUGAAGAUGAGGAUAAUGCCAGCUACUGCACGGAGAGUAGUACAAGGAGCCACAGCACGCUCGGGAGCCCCCCAGGUCGACGAAGGAGUCGGGUGGUGCAACCACAGUCUCCUGUCUUUGAGGCACAAGACAUUCCCCUCUUGGAGCUUCCCAAGUCCUCCGAGGACCUCCUGGUUCCUAGCUCACAGCUCCUCAACGUGUCUGCUGUGUACGAGGUUCUCCGCAACUUCGGCACGGUGCUGCGGCUCUCCCCUUUCCGUUUUGAGGAUUUUUGCGCGGCGGUUGCCAGCCAGGAGCAGUGUAUGCUCCUGGCAGAGACCCACAUCUCCCUGCUCAAGGCUAUACUCCGAGAGGAGGACACUUCCAACACCACCUUUGGGCCUGCCGAUGUGAAGGAUUCUGUCAAUUCCACACUUUAUUUUGUGGAUGGUAUGACCUGGCCAGAGGUUUUGCGGGCAUACUGUGAGAGUGACCCGGAAUACCGACACAUUCUCCCGUUCCAGGAAGGAGAGGAUUACCCGUUUGAACCCUUGGAGAGUAAAAUCAAAGUUCUUCAGUUUCUAGUGGACCAAUUCCUGGCGACCAACAUUGCCAGGGAAGAGCUCAUGUCAGAAGGCGUAGUAGCCUACGACGACCACUGCCGGGUGUGCCACCGCCUCGGCGACUUGUUGUGCUGCGAGACAUGUGCAGCCGUUUACCAUCUGGAGUGUGUGAAGCCUCCACUGCAGGAAGUGCCGGAGGACGAGUGGCAGUGCGAGGUGUGUGUGGCGCACAAGGUGCCCGGUGUGGCCGAUUGCAUCCCCGAAAUACAGAAGACCAGACCCUUCCUUCGCCAGCUGCCAGUCGGAUAUGACCGGCACAGUCGCAAAUACUGGUUUCUGACCCGCCGCAUUGUCGUAGAAGAAGAUGGGGAGCAGGAGGAUAAAACAAUCUGGUACUACAGCACCAAGGUCCAGCUAGCUGAGCUCAUAGAGCACUUGGAUAAGGAUUACUGGGAAGCAGACCUCUAUGCUGCCCUUGAAGAAAUUCGGGAUGAGGUUCACACACACAUGGAUAUCACAGAGGACCUAACCAACAAGGCUCGUGGGAACAACAGGUGUUUCCUCAAUGUUGCAAAUGAGGAGAUCCUGGAGCGUAUCCGAGCCAAGAAGGAGGAAGAACUAAAGGAGGUGAAAAGGCAGGUGGCUGAGGAGGCCCAUAAAGCUCGUCUGGAGCAGGAGAAGGACGAUGUGGAUGUGGAGAAGGAUGGUAAUGAAGACGCAAAACUGAUUGAAGGUGAAGGACAACAGGUUGUCAGCGGCAAUGACGAGACCACCAAGGAGGAGAACAAGGAGACAAGUGAAGAUGUAGAGGAAGAGAAAAGUGGUGUUGUCAAAACUGGAGUAGAACACCCAUCAUCAGACUGUGUUACUGUCACUGGCGAUAGUCUCCCAAGUCUGAGCCAUCCCAACCAGAUGAUUGAGGAGAACAGUAGUAGCAGCAUGGGCAUCAUGGUCCCACCCAGGGGCCCUGAACCUCCGGACCUGGCUGACAAGUCCUCCCAGUCAUCUCUGGCAAGCGUCGAGGACACAGGAGAUGGUAAAGAUUCCACUAAUGGUGAGUGUCUUGGUGGUAAGAAGUCAUCUGCAACUCGUAUGGUGACCCGCUUGAGGAACCCAGAGAGCAAGUUGAGCCAGAUGAAGAGCCAACAGGUGGCUGCUGCCAUUCAUGAAGCCAACAGGGGCUUCAAGGAGGGAAAAGAAAUUCUAGUAGUAAAUGCACAAGGUGAUGUCACCCGUGUAAGCACACGCAGCAAGGAGGUGGUGAUGAAAGGGACGCUUUGCCAAUACUUUAAGCUCGGUCAGGAGGGCAAAUAUCGUGUGUAUCAUAACCAGUACAGCACAAACACCCUGGCCCUCAACAAGCACCAGCACAGAGAGGAUCACGACAAAAGGCGACAUCUCUCCCACAAGUUCUCCAUGACUCCAGCAGGGGAAUUCAAGUGGAAUGGGUCUAUCCACGGUUCCAAGCUCAUCACCAUCUCUACAAUAAGGCUCACCAUCAUCCAGCUGGAGAACAAUGUUCCAUCUCCAUUCAUGCACCAUAACUGGGCCUCACACAGGACAAACUGGAUCAAAGCAGUACAGAUGUGCAGUAAGGCCAGAGAGUUUGCCCUUGCUCUGGCCAUCAUGGAGUGUGCCAUCAAGCCUGUGGCAACCAUGCCAGUCUGGAAGGACUCACUUGGCCACACCAGGUUAAACCGCAUGACUUCCAUGGAGCGUGAGGAGAAAGAGAAAGUAAAGAAAAGGGAGAAGAAGCUGGAGGAUGAGGAGACGAUGCAACAGGCCACCUGGGUCAAAUACACUUUUCCAAUUAAACACCAGGUGUGGAAACAGAAAGGUGAGGAGUAUCGUGUUACCGGCUAUGGCGGCUGGAGUUGGAUUAGUAAAACCUAUGUCCAGAGGUUUCUCCCAAGACUUCCUGGCAACACCAAUGCCAACUACCGCCAAGAUCUUGAAGGUGCUAAACUUGGCCUGAACUGCACUCUUUUGGAUUUGGGUCGACGACCCACUGCCCAUGCGCCUGAAGCUCAGGGAGUCUCUGGCUUGAACAGUUAUAUAGCAGAUAAAGACUCAUCGACACCCUCCAAACCUGCCCCAGACAAUCAGGUGCGAGAUGAUGUUUUGGAGUCUAGUAAAAAGAUUGAAGAGGAAAAGAAAGAAGCUGUGUGUGAAAUGGAAACAUCUGAGGAACUGCCUGUUGACAACUCACCAGCCAAGAUGGAGUUGGAUUCCCCGAACCUGAAAUUAGAAGAUGAGCUAAUGUCCAAUAUUAAGGAAGAGUCUGGAAAGGAGGAGCUUACAGAUGACCCCCUUCGUCCUUUUUACUACGAUGUGGUGGAUGUCAGUAAGGGCUUCCUCACCCGCAUUGCAUACAAGAAGAAGGUCAAGUCCUCCAAACUUGAUAGCCUGCUGGAGCGGCGAGCGAAGCAGCACACGAUUGAAGAGAAGACGAAGCCAUCCAAACCCAAGACCACUCAACCUCGUUCACCUUCCUCCUCAACACCACCACUGGACACCCCAGUCCGGGUACGGUCACCACUUAGGCCCCAGGCUCUGGGUCAGACACAGCUCAAAGUGGGUGAAGGAAUUGAAGGUGACAGUCAGGAUGGAGUCUCUAGAACUACAGAAGACUUAGAUGCUCACCUUUCUUCUGUUCCUGAUUCAACACCCAAAGAGAGUUGCAGUUCAGAUACAGAAAGAGAUUCUUCCUCACCACAAAACCAAACCAUCACAUUGUCCCAGAAAUUUGAGGUAGAUUUAGAAGAAAGGACUAUGGGGCCAAAAGAUUGCUCUUCAGAGCAACACACAGCCAGUGCUCAUUUAGAUGCUAUCAAUGAUGGGGUUAUCGAAUGUAUAGGGUCUGAGGUACCUAACGUGGACUCGGGUAGAAAGACGGACUUAGUAAGGACACAAAAAGUUGUUGACCAAAUAAACAACGAGAUUACAUCUCUUCCUAAAUCAACGCAGCAAAGUCCAGAGACAUUAAGUUCAGUGGAUCUAGCCACUGAUAUAAAUGGCACGGGGCCUGAUGAAAACCAGGAAAAUAUUCAAGAUGCUGAGGGCCCCACUUCUCCUGCUUCAAUUUCUCCUUUUCCUCAGAUAAAUGGUAAGGAUGGUUUAGGGGGUGAUGUCCUGUUGAGUAACUCUGUGGUAAGUCCAAAUAAUGGCGUGCUGACUAACAAUACCAAGGUGAACAGCAUUCGUCAAGUAGAAGGCGAAGGCAUUUUACAAAAGAACAGCACACAACAAAAACCUUUGGUAAAUGGAGAUUUGGCUCUCAUGAACAAAAGUAUACGUGCUGCAGAAAAGGAGCCGACCCCUACAGAAACAUUUAAGAGUAACAUAAUGGCAUUGGAUCAGGAUUACAAACCUCCUCUGAAGAUAUCAAAGCUGGAAAACAACAUAGAUGUUCUUGAAGCUCAUACCCCGAGCUCUCUGCAGCACAACAGCUCAUCAGACACUAAAGCCACGCCAGCAGUCAAGAUCAUCAGAAUGGCGCCCUCGCCUAUACCUCCAGCAGAAGAGUCCAGUUUGAGUGAUGAGUUUGCAGAGAACAGUGAGCGAGAAACAACACCACCAUUGAAGACGUUGAUCACCGAGGUAACAACCACCUCCACAACCACCACUGCAGUGGUUUCCACAGAGACGAGGACACUGCCAUUGAACGCAUCUGUAGAAUCUGCAAUGCCAGUUGUGUCGACAACAGAGAGCGCAGUGUCCACCCUCACUACCAUGACCAGAACGACCGUGACCAAAAUCUCUUCCUCUUGUCCGUCAGAAGACAGCCAGAGUGACAUAAUGGCACAACAACAGGAGACCACCCUUUCAUCCUCCAUCAGUAGAUCAACAACUGACACCAGUAGUACAAUGUCCGUAUCACGCGUAGAAAUAUUCCAGGAUGACUCAACAACCAGGGGCCGAGUACGCCUCCGCAAAUUCUCCCGCACCAAGAAGGUGCGCUCUGACACGGCACUUCCUUCUUAUCGCAAGUUUGUCACCAAGAGCAGCCGCAAGAGCAUUUUUGUGUUGCCGCACGACAACUUGAAGGUGCUAGCAAGGCGGGGAGGAUUCCGUGAGGUGGCCGUGUUCAACUAUAACGCCAAGCCGGCCCAGGAUAUUUGGCCUUAUCCUUCCCCCAGGCCCACAUUUGGCAUCACCUGGAGGUAUCGCCUGCAGACUGUGAACACUUUGGCUGGUGUGAGUCUGAUGCUUAGACUGCUCUGGGCCUGUUUGAGAUGGGACGACAUGGCUGUAAAGCCAUCCGCGGCUGUCGGUACGACACGAACAGAGACGUCAGACACAGAAAUCACCACCACAGAGAUCAUCAAACGGCGUGAUGUGGGACCAUACGGCAUACGCUCGGAGUACUGCAUCCGCAAAAUUAUCUGCCCACUGGGAAAUCCUGAGACACCCAAAGAAACCCACACCCCACAGAGGAAAGGGCUGCGCUCCAGUGCCUUACGUCCCAAGAAACCCGAACCUCCCAAGCAGACGGGCCCCGUGGUGAUCGAGACGUGGGUUGCUGAAGAGGAGCUUGACCUCUGGGAGAUCAGAGCUUUCUCUGAAAGGGUUGAGAAAGAGAAAGCUCAGGCAGCUGAACAAGCCAAGAAACGUCAGGAGCAGAAACCAGGCUCGGUCACUGUCACUCCAACAGGAACACCCGCCGUGACGCCUAAGGUCAUGGUGGCUUCACUGUCAGGCCAGGGUACACCGAGUGCCAAGGUGUUGCUGUCCUCAAAGAUGGGCACACCUGUCAAAUAUCAGCAGACCAAGAACUUUCAGCAGUCGUUUGCCACGUGGAUCAAACAAAGUCAAAACUCCCCAGAGACCACGGUGACCACGACUGGUGGACACACAUUUCACAUUACAGGAACCACGGUGGGUGGCAAGGUAGUGACCACCAAGCUGCCUCUUCCAGCCAACAGCAAGCUCAUCACAGUCAACAUGGGAACUUCACAAGGAGGUGCUGUGCAGCAGAAGGUGUUGGGUAUCAUCCCUUCCAGUACAACGGGUGGUGCUCAGACCUUUAUCAAAUUGCCUCGCACUACACCUGUGAACAUAAGGCCCAAUAUCGCAGGCACCCAACAGCCGAUCCGGCCUGGGAUGACAACGAUUCGAACCCCAAUCCAGCAGGGCGGACCUAUGGGAAAGACAAUACUCAGAACACCACUUGUGGUCCAGCAAGGUCAGGCUGGCCAACAAGUGGUGAGUCAGAUUUUACAAGGCCAGACAGUGUCCAACUCAGUUUCUGGAGCCAGCCCUGUUGCUACGGUUACUGGCCAGGCCCCAGCCACCCCCGCUACAGCAGGAACGACAUCCGGCCAGGUCAAACUCACCAUUGCACAAAUUGCUCAGCUAAGCCAGAAGCAGCAGGCUGGCUCAGGUGUUGGCUCCCAGCAGGCUCUGACAGUGAUGAUUCAAGGUCAAGGUCAGACCACCGGCCAGCUUCAGGUUAUACCUCACGGAGUGACUGUCAUACCGGGUCCCGGUCAGCAGCUCAUGCAGGCAACUCUACCCAACGGCCAGAUGCAACGCUUCUUAUUCACACCCCCUGCCGCAGUGGCUACACCCGCGCCAAGCACAGCCACCACACCCUCCAGCAAGCCCAACUCUGAUUCCACAAAAACGCCAGCCCAGCCUGCUCAACAGGCAGCUGCCCCAGUUCAACCAGGGGCAGCAACCCUAGCUACCACCAGCACACCAUCUGCAUCCACCCCACAAGGCCAGUUACCCCCACAGACGCAGGCCCACAUGCCCAUUCAAUCUCCCACCUCGCUGCAGGUGACGACACAGGGAGGAACUACACAGCUGCAGCUGCAGCAACCUCCUCAAAUCAUCAUGUCUGGACUGCAGCAGCAGGUCCAGGUGUUGGCCCAGCUGCAGGCUCAGCAGGGUGGCACGUCUUUACCACAGCACUUCAAACUGCAGCUUCCUGUUCAGAUACAGCAGGCUGGCGUCACCUCAGCUCAGGGAGGACAGAUCGGAAACGUUGUGACCAUCCAGGCUGCUUCCGUACAGGAGCAGCUGCAGAGGAUCCAGCAGCUCCGAGAGCAGCAACAGCAGAAGAAGAAACAAGCUGCAGAAGCCAAGAAGGAGCAAGCCCUCAACUCUGUCAGCCAGAAGGACAUCAUUCAAAAACAGGUUGUGAUGAAGCAGAACGCUUUGAUUGAAUAUCUGAAGCAGAAGAAGACUCUGACACCUGAGGAGAGAGAAGAGAAUCAGAGAAUGAUCGUAUGCAAUCAGGUCAUGAAGUUCCUCCUGGACCGCAUAGAUAGAGAUGAGAGGCAGGAGGCCAAGAGGAAGAAAAAGGAGGAGAUGGUGGAGUCCAAGAAGAAGUUGGCGAACGCCAACAAGCUCGCCUCGCUUCUUUACCGCCACAAAGAGAGCCUGAAGAACGAGAUUUUGAAGAAACGUGCGCUUCUUGAUCAGGAGCUCCAUCUAGAGGCCCAGGAGGAGCUUAAGAAGGACCUGUUGAGGAUGCGGAGGGAGAAAGAGAGAGCAGCAGCACAGAAAGCUGCCCAGGCCGCCGCCACUGCCGCUGCUGCCGCUGCCUCCCACAGCCAGCAACAACAUGUUCAAGCCCGUGUACACAACAUCACCACUCAGCAGCACCACGCCAUCACCGUCACCCCCACACUCAAGAGGAAACGUGACGAGGAGCGAGAGAGUGCAACGUCUGCUAAGUCCAAGAAGAAGAAGAUGAUCACCACCACUAGCACCAAGGACACCAAGAAGGACACCAAACUCUACUGUAUCUGCAAGACGCCCUACGAUGAGACAAAGUUCUACAUCGGCUGCGACCUGUGUACCAACUGGUACCAUGGCGAAUGUGUGGGAAUCACGGAGAAAGCGGCCAAGGAUAUGGACGACUACAUAUGUUUGGAGUGUAAACGGGGCCGGAAGAGCACCAAAGAGGAGCUCUACUGCAUCUGUCAGACACCAUAUGACGAAUCCCAGUUCUACAUUGGUUGCGACCGGUGUCAGAACUGGUACCACGGUCGCUGUGUGGGCAUCCUGCAGAGCGAAGCGAACCACAUCGACGAAUACGUGUGCCCGCAGUGCCAGUCGACGGAGGACGCCAUGACGGUCCUCACGCCGCUCACUGAAAAAGACUACGAGGGCCUGCGGAGAAUCCUGCGCUCCUUAACGGCACACAAAAUGGCAUGGCCAUUCCUCGAGCCAGUGGACACGAGCGACGCCCCUGACUACUAUAAAGUUAUCAAGGAACCAAUGGAUCUUUCCACCAUGGAGGAGAGGUUACAGAAGCGCAAGUACGUCAGGCUAACAGAGUUUGUGGCGGACAUGACCAAAGUCUUCGACAACUGCCGCUACUACAACCCCAGCGAUUCGCCCUUCUACCAGUGUGCCGAGGUUUUGGAGAGUUUCUUUGUCCAGAAGCUCAAAGGCUUCAAAGCCAGCAGAUUGUGAUGUCAAACUCCUGGGUGCCAGGGUCACUCUAAAAAACAGGCUAACAAAAUUCACAAUGAACAGAGGUUGCUGGUUUUUUUUACUGGUGUAAAACAGCAAUAAAAACACAAAACAUUCAUAUAAUCCAAUCCCACAUUUGAGGAAUGGCAGCCAUGUUGGUAACACAAAGCAUUCAAAAUGAUUUGUAUUCAAUGUACCUUGACAAAGCAGAUGACUGAUAUUUUUGAUUAAGUUGGAUACAAGAUUAAACACAACCUUAAAUUGUCUCUUUGUAAUUUCAAAGUUAAUUUAUAUUUUUAAUUACGCUAUUGGCCCGAACAUGCUGCCGCAAUAUAUUUUACCUAAUUUCUUAGCCAACAAUUGUUUUAGAGACAUGAAAUCAAGAUGAUGCAAUUUUGAUUGGCCCUUUGUUAUUCCCUGAAGUAAUUAUAGGCCCUAUAAAGAUAGCUUCAAGAAUCUCGUUGUGUCCUUCCAAAGGUGAGUGUAGCUGUAAUCAUACACCAUUGGUCCUACUUUCCACACUGUUUCACCAACAUGGCUGCUUGGUCUGCAUCAAAAUGGCUGACACACUGGCAUCCAAUACAUGUUUUUAUAUUUUCCCUAGUAAAUAUUUUUUGUCAUAUUGUAAAGCUUUUAAUAAAAAAAAAAAAAAAAGGAAA